AUGAGGUCGAACGUUUUCCGAGCUGCUCAGGUAGCCUGCAAAGGCGUCCCCAAAAGGAAUUACUCCCAAUCCUCAGGCCCAAGGCAUCUGAUGUCAAUUGCCGAUGUGUCUCCUGCUGAAUUCACUUCGUUGGUGCGUAACGCUGCGGCACGAAAGACUGCCGUUAAGAGCACUCAGCCACCACUCUCUCUUACCACUGGCCUUGCCAACAAGACAGUGGCCAUGAUGUUCAGCAAGAGGAGCACUCGAACCCGUGUCUCUACAGAGGCUGCUGUGACCCUGAUGGGUGGCAAUCCCAUGUUUUUGGGCAAGGAUGACAUCCAGCUUGGAGUCAACGAGUCGCUAUAUGACACUUCGGUAGUUAUUUCCUCCAUGACCUCUUGCAUGGUCGCCCGUGUUGGACCUCAUUCCGAUGUCGCCAACCUGGCUAAACACUCCAGCGUUCCGGUCAUCAACGCUCUGUCGGACGACUUCCAUCCUCUUCAGACCAUCGCUGACUUCCUCACCAUCCACGAAGCUUUCCCAGCGUCCCAAAGCGGCACAUCCAGCCUAGGCCUUGAGGGUCUCAAGGUUGCCUGGAUUGGAGACUCCAACAACGUCCUCUUCGACCUUGCGAUUGGUUGUGUGAAGAUGGGAGUUGAUAUUUCCGUCGCUUCACCCAACGGCUACGGCAUCCCGCAAACUAUGAAGGAUCUCAUCAACUCGGCUGCCCAGGGCGUGUCCUCCCCCGGAAAGCUUUUGGAGACCAAUGUGCCAGAGGAGGCCAUCAAGAAUGCCGACAUUCUUGUCACCGACACAUGGAUUUCCAUGGGGCAGGAGAGCGAAAAGAAGAAGCGCCUGGAAGCCUUCGCCGGGUACCAGAUCACCAACGAGCUCGCGAAGCGGGGUGGUGCCAAGGAGGGCUGGAAAUUUAUGCACUGCCUGCCGAGGCAUCCCGAGGAGGUAGCAGACGAGGUCUUCUACAGCCCUCGAUCUUUGGUAUUCCCCGAGGCGGAGAAUCGUCUGUGGGCUGCUGUCUGUGAGUCAAUGUCUCUGAUCCACCGUUAUAUGAUGUCAAUUGCUGAUGUGAUUCUAGCUGCACUAGAAGGAUUCGUGGUUAACAAGGGCCGACUUUGA